GUUUCAAGCAAUCGCCGUAUAUUGAAUCAUUCCAGUUUGAAAAUUGUAAGACGAUACCUCACGUGAAGCUACCGCAACUCAUCGACAAACACGAUUCGCGAGCCCCGUAUAUGCCUACAGAAUAUAGGUAUUUUGAAUAGAAAAGUAAUCUCCCGCUCUGGAGCAGAACAAAUUGUUAUUGAUUGAGCUGCAACUUAGUGCAGCUACGAAGAUCAACCGAGAAGGUUCAAAAGUUUAUCUGUUUCGACAAGUGCACAUCAGGAGAGGAGAAUCGAUCACCCAAUCACACGGUUGCUGUUAUUUCGGAGAAAGUUCAUCGAUCACUUAUCGGACUGCUGGCUGUGUGCAAGAUUGCUCUACAUUCAGUAUGUGCAAAUCAGUGCUGGUUUUCUCAGACGACAAUUUCGCACAUUGCGAAUAAGAAGUUCGUCCGAGAACCUCCUUGAGCUAUAGGCCUUGUAAGUGAAGCAAUUCUGUUUAAGUGCUACUUAACUAUAAACAACGCUGUAGGCAACGAACGCCUAUCAUUAAAUUGGAGGAAACAUUGUUUUAAUGUAGCGAAUUCUUGGGAGGCCCAACUCGACGGUCGGUCGUACUUUGUGCGUUCCACGUUAGGGCCCUGCAGAAAUCCGUUGAACAACGGAAUUUUAUGAAGUGAUCUGAUUUUCGUGUCUGUUGUCGCGUUGGACCAAUAUGUAUUCUUCAGCCCGAACCGCAGCCAUAAGCAGCUCUCUGAAGAGCCCAGUUAGCCGUAAAGGAAGUAACUUGUCGGAGUAUGAUUUGGAAUCGGGCGAGCGGACCCCGCUACUCAUUCCGAGGGUUCGUUUCGCCCCAGAGACUGACGAACGGUCUCGCCAGCUCCAAGCUGUCCAAACUACCGCAUUUCUGGCCAUUUUGACCCUUCUGUUGUUCCUGCUGUUCGGUAUUAUAAUUGCAGUUUACUUGCUUCUGCUGCAAGUACCGAGCCCGUGGCCCGUAUCACAUCCAUUCUAUCUGGUAGAGCGAAAUGUAUGGUGGGAAGAAACGACGGCCAAGUUCGAACUAAGCCCGUUGGAAAAACACGCAACUCAAAACGUAAUAAUAUUACAUACAAGAAGCGAACCUUGUCACGAUCAGGCCACAUGCAUCCAACUGGUACAGAAACUUCAAAAUGACGCGUGGAAUCAGAACGGAUCGCACAUCCCGUACAACUUCCUGAUCGGCGGCGAUGGAAAAACAUACGAAGGCCGAGGCUGGAAAUCGCAGCAUGGUUUCCUGAGCUUCCCUGGACUAAACGAUACGAUCGUUGUAGGAAUGAUAGGUACUUUCAACGACCAACGUCCGAACCUUGUGAUGUACGCAGAAACAAAAGCUUUGCUGACAGAGUCCAUUCGAAGAUUUAGUUUAGUUCCCAGCUAUCGUCUGCACGGCGUGAUUGACAACUCCAUAUUGGACAACGAUGCUGCCGGAUUGUAUGCAGAGCUGAAAGAAUGGAGGCACUGGAAAGGAUUCGUUACAGUUUAAUCAACGUUUUAUAGCUCAAAUUUACAUUUUUAGACAAUUGUUGACGUAUACUUUUGUUGAUCCGCAAGUAUUAUGUGCUUUUGUACAAGAUUUGAAAUAAAUUGUUCGAUUUUAUAAAAUGGAUAGGCAACUAAAAUAUAUUCCCGACCGACUAUUACACUUUAAAACAGUUUCAUUCAUAUUAAAAAUAUCUGGAAUCUCAA